CGAUUCGAAAGCGCCAGGUUUGAUGGAAGCACGUGACAAUAGUUUUGAUCUUGACACGAUACACAAAUCGAAACCCAAACCGCUGCUCAGACAGCACUCACACUCUCAACCUCAAUCUCAGCCUCAAUCUCAGUCGCAACCACAUCACUCUACACACUCAUACCCGGCCAGGCAACGCAGCGGUCAGUGGUUGUCAUCGCCGUCGUUUUCCCAGUCGCAAACCUCGUUCAGUCAUCAACGGCCACGCGAACACUUUCCGUUGCGACACCAGCCACUGUCCUAUCCACAGGAACGCCCACACAGCCAAAGCCAUCAUUUACACUCGUAUACUUCCAGUUGCACAUACCCAGCCACCUCCGACUUCAAGUCCUCUGCGCCUGUGCGCUCCCAACACUAUCCUCGUGAUGCGUUCCAAAGCACCUCAUUUUCAAAUCCGGUGUGCAACAGCGACGCCUAUAGAAACCGAAUCAGACACAAAAACUCAGCCAGCGGCUCCAUCUCGAAUACACCGGACUUCGAUUGGUCAUCGUCAUCCUUCUCGAAUAUCGAUGCAGUCACACACGCAAUACGUAAUAAGAUAAUUGUUGAGGAGGACGAGGAGGAUAUACUAAGCACGGAUAGGUUUUAUUGAAGAGAUUUCAGCGACACGACACACAAGGCACAAAACGCUUUCAUAGUAUCGUAUUGCGACAGGCAAGAUUAUGCAAAGAUAUUUUCAGAGCGACAUUGCACAAUAUGUUUCAAAACUGAUCCAAAUAAAUAGGCUCUACCCAAAACCGGGGGACAGCAUUCAUAAGACAGCUUCACAUAAUAAGAGACAAACCGAAUACAAGAGUACUACAAGUAUAAAUAUGUAUAAGGCUAAUCAUUCAUACACACGUAGCAUACUUAAUUCAGUGCCAAAACACAUUUGUACAUUUCCAUCGGAAGAGGCCACUUGCAUUUUUCCCAGCUGUGCGUCUGUGCGCCAGUGGCCCACCAAGUGGCUGGACGGGAAAUACUUACAUAAGUAGUUUAUGAAUAGCACAAUGCUAAGUACAGCCUUAUGUGUCUUAAAUACUAUAUGUAGCUAAUGGUAAUGAGAUUUUAUUUAACAGCAUAUAAGUAUAUACAUACAUACAUGCAUAUAUAUAUGUAUAUAUUGGAUAUAUAUGUAUAUAUAUAUAUAUUGAUAUGUAUAUAUGUAUUUAUAUAUAUAUAUAUGAAUGGAAACAAAACUAAGCAUAAGAUUUACACCUAAACAACAUUGGUGAUGCAUUUCGCCGCAUCAAUUGGGGUCUGGGAGGGGAAUCAUUGUAGUUACGGUAAGCCGUAUAUAUAUUUUUAUGCAAAUGGUAAACUAAGUGGCAGCUUUAAUAAUUUAGUGGAAGUAUAUUAAUCUAAGUAAAUGCAGAAAAUUUGCACACACAUACAUACACAGUCACACCGAAUACACCGCAAUACACUAGCAAAAGUUGACAUUUUGAUCGAUUGAAAUCUCUUUAAUAAAUCUAUCUGUAAUCGAAUAUAUGAA